AUGAUAAGAGUUGGAGCCAAAAGACCACGUGGCAUUAAAGGUGUUAAAAAUCCUGUUUACGAUGGCUAUAAAAACAUUGACGCCACAAGUGGAAGUAAUAAUAAGCUGGUUUCUCCAAUAACCAAAGAGGUUGCCUAUGCAAAAGAAUUAUCUCCAUUAAAAGGCAAUUUAAAGGUUGAAAUUGAUGGAAUUUUAUAUGAAAAUUUCGAAAAUGCUUGACAAUGCCAAAAAGUUUACCGAGAAUUUGGACACUGUGAAAAGAAAAAUGGGCGCUGGGUUGUGACCAAAAAAUUUUUAAAGUGAAGAAAAAAGUGGGCAAAAGUAAAAAAAGGCCAUCGACAUAUGCCAGGAGCGAGAAAAUUAAAACCAAUUGGAGCUUAUUGGGAUGGAGAAAUUAUCAGCUAUAAAGAUAGCAGAGAAUAUUAUAUAAAUUUAUACAGAAAAUGUGUAGAAAAUUUACCAAGUAUCAGAAUUAUGACAGAAAUGCUUGAAAAUGGGGAAAAUAUUAUGAUACUUGGAGGUGAUGGGCCGCCACUAAAAUUUAUUCCAAAAGGAAAUAAAAUGUCUAAGGAGGAGCUGGCUGAGCAUUGGUCUACUUUUCAAGAUGCUUGGCCUGAAGGUGCAGAGGUUACGCCUGAAUUCUUAGCAGAGAGGAGAGAAGAUAUAAAUUAUCCCUAUGGCCAUGAAUAUGUCGUAGCGAAUAUUUUAUAUGAUAAGCUUAAUUAUUAA